UCCUUGCAUCUAUUCGACGCCAGUUGAGAGAAAAUACCCAAACCGUGUGAUUGUGCAUUUGAGACAGAGGGCUAUUCUUGUGGUAUUUUGACCGAGGGGUACUACCUCCCUAAAUGGCAAAGUUAGUUAUUGGAAUUUUGUGUGUUGUGGCAGUGGUGACGGCACUUCCGGCCGAGGAGACACGAGGCCACUCCAGGAAUGCCGUAAGCACAGAUAACGACCUCCUCGAUGGCAUCUACCACGACUGCAUUAACAAGGACUCAGUGUCAUGUGUGAAGUACAAGCUGUUUAAUUUUGUUGACAAAGUUGUGUUGCAAAAGAACGUGUUCCCACUCACGGAGGGUGUGACGAUUGUUAAGACCCCUGGAGCUGAAUACGAGGGUGCCCCAAGAAGUAUUGCUGGGGAUGAAUCUGUGGAAUCUCUCGUGUGGAGUCGCCUCCAGCACUUCCUGCACACGCACACAAUUAAGGUUGACCUCAAGGGAUCCGAUGUGGUCAAUGCUGUAGCAUCCACUGGCCGUGCCCUCGAGGAUGUUUCAGACAACUUAUUUGGUGAGGAAGAAUCCACAGCUGCUGGGGAAAGUCGUGGCAAGAAGAAGAAGGCCGCCAAGAUUCUUGGCCCACUUCUCUUGGCCGUUGCCCUGAAGGCUGCCGCCCUCCUGCCUCUUCUCUUGGGUGCUAUUGCCCUCAUUGCCGGCAAGGCUCUGCUCGUGGGCAAGAUUGCUCUCGUCCUAUCCGCCAUUAUUGGUCUCAAGAAGCUCCUGUCGCACGAGAAGCACGUCACAUAUGAGGUCGUCGCCCACCCACACCACUCCUCAAGCCACUCAUCCAGCCAUGGUGAUGCCUUCGUUGGCUCCGGCUUCGGUGGUGGUGACAUUGGUGGUGGUGGCUACGGGGGUUCCGGACACGGAGGCUGGGGACGCUCAGUUGAUGCCCAGGAAUUGGCUUAUGCCGCCCAGAAGCCUUAAGCAGCAGCACCCUUCUGCAGCAUCCGGCACACCACUGACCCACUUUUCGCGCUCGCACAACGACUCUCUUAGGCCAAAGUCCACCCACUCGUGGAAUAUCAAGUGGUUGGACGAUGAUUUUCUUUAUUUUUUAAAAAGAAAACCUCUUAUCUCUCUUUCGUAGGUCACAACUAUCCACCUGUUCUAAUUUAUUAUAUUUUUCAUUUCAAGCAAUCUCUUAAAAAAACAAAGAAAAAAAAUAAUGAAAAAAGAGUAGAAAUAUUUAUGUACGCAUCUCAAAGUGCUGAUAUAAUUUAUGUUUUUGUUAAUUAAUGAGAAUAUUCUUUAUUAGCUAUUCUUCUAUAUAGACUCAACAGUACCGCAAAUGCUCGGGGCUUUGUACGCCAAGAUGCAAUUGUUACGAGGCAAUUGCACUUUGGCAAAUAGUGUUUGUUAGGUUCAUAACAUUUAAUUUAUUUUUUAUUUAUAUUACAUGUAAUAAUGCGACAAACAAAAUGACGAGAACACGACGAAGAAAUGAUUAAUGAAUAUUUUUUAAGAAGAUAAAAAAAAGAGUCAAAAAAGUAAAAACGACAAACGAACGCAAAAUCCUAAUUAAGGAAAAAAAUGAUAUAUAUUUUGGAAGAGUUAGAUGGAAAACUGAAUGUAAAAAACUCACACUUGAUAAUAUUCUUACAAUCUUCUCUAUAUUCUUUCUAGAACUGAAGUGUACUUUUUAAGUUAAAUUUGAGAUGUACACGAUUUCUAUUUUAUCCUCUUUUAUUUUUUCAUCUAUAAUUUCUUUUAUUUUAUAUUUUUUUAAUUGUGAGAAAGAUGUGAGAAAGGAGCUAAAAAAUUUAUACUAAAACUCUCUCUGUCUUCAAACUGUCUCAAGUAGUGCAAAUGUAACAAUCUUCCUAUAAACUUAAUUUUCAAUCUCACCUUCAAUUUCCAAAAAAAAUAAGACCAAUCAAAAAAAAAGAUAAUCAAAGAAUGUAAAAAGCACAUCUAUUGUGAAAGUAUUAUAUUUUAAACUUUACUUUUUAACUAUCUCUAUUUUUAAAAUGUUAAUUUUAUAAGACUUACUCUGACUGUCUCUCUUAUGUAUAAAAAUACUUAUUAAUUUACUUUCUUUCCUUAGCAGUUCUUCAACUAUUUUCUUUCACAAAUUUUCUCUGUGAACUCUUAAACACCUCGAAAUAUAUAAUUUUUUUUAUAGUAAGAUAAAGGAGGAAUAAAAAAAGGAAAAAAUUAACUCUUGUAAUAUUUACAACUUCACCUUCUCUAUAUAAAAUUGUACAUAAAACUUACAUACUUCUAUAAAAUACUCAACAUA